AUGGACAAGAACGGCCGCAACGCCAGCAGACGGGAGGUAGACUCGGAAUCCAGGUUCAAGGAGGACAUUGUGACUGCUGCCAGGGAGGCAACAUCCUCUCUGAACCUCAGUCUCUGCGUCUGUAAGAUGGGCAGCAUGGGACCUGGCUCCCUCGCUGGAGGCUGUGAUGCAACCUCUUGGGGCCAGGGCUGGUGUGAAGUAUUCCGCACACUCCCAGAGUUUGGGGCAGAACCUGGUGUGCGACGGGCGAGGAGACCGUGCGGUCCAGGGCUGAACCCCGCUCCCGCACCCCAGCCCGGCCACGAGGCGGCCCCCGGGGCGGGCGGCGGCUCGGGAGGCGCCUCCCCUGGGCGCGGCGGCCGCAGGGCGGGCCCGGGGAGCCGGCGGGGCCCGGGGUCGGGGGGCCCCCGCGGCGGCACAAAGAGGCCCGCCGCGGCAGUUUUGAAAAUACCGAGGAAGUGGAUCUGGGCCGGGGCCCAGGGAGUGACGACGAGGGAGGGAGCGCGCGCCAGCGAGCAGGGGGGAGGCGGGAGGCGGGGAGCGCGGGGCGCGGGCCGGCCGCAGACCUCGCCGGCCUCCAGCGGGAAGAGCGCGGGCGGCGGCGGCGGCGGCGGGAUGGGCGGCCCGGCGCCCCCCGGCUGCGACCCCGCGGACCCUCCCCUCGGCGCGCCGCCUCCGCAGCCCGGCGCUCGAGCGGGCGGCGCGUAG